GUGAUUAGCAUUACGGCAGACUACUUCAACUCUUCUUGGCUGCCGUUAAACUUCCAAAGGAUUAGAGCAACUGCAGAUUUACAGCGCAGGUGAAGUCUAGAGCAUCAGCAUGUUUCCUGCCAGUAAGCUGGAUCUGUCCAGGCUGAGUGACGAGGAGGUGAAGCACGUUUGGGAUGUCAUCCAGAGGGACUUUGAUCUCAGGAAGAAGGAGGAGGACAGACUUGGGGAACUGAAGACAAAGAUUGAGAAGGAGGACAACAAAUGUGAGCUGUUGGGCACCCAGACCCGCCUGACGGACUCCCACUGCAUCCGCUGCCUGCAGCCUUUCAAAUUCCUGGUGAACAGCAAGCGCCAGUGCCUGGACUGCCAUCUCUACACCUGCAAGGCCUGCAGCCGCUACAACAAAAAGGAGCACGGCUGGGUGUGUGACUCCUGCCGUAUGACCAGAGUUCUGAAAAUUGGCACCUUGGAAUGGUACCAUGAAAAUGUGCGCUCCCGUUUCAAGCGCUUUGGAAGUGCCAAGGUGAUGCGAUCCCUGUACAAGAGACUGAAUGGAGAACGCGGCUCCCAGCCAGAUCUAAGAGGUGUCUAUGAUAGUCACGAAGAAGAUGGCUUGGAUUGGCAGAGAGGCAAACCGGGUCCAAAGUCCAAACGUCGGCUUCCGGUCCACCCGCCUGAUUUUGAUCUGGACAAUGAAUACUCCUCUCACUCUCCUCUUCCCCCUUUCCAGAAAAUACCGGAACAGCAGGUUGGGAAGGGGAAGGAUCAAGAGGUUAUCACACACCGCAGGAAGAGCUUGGAAAAGUCAUCUCGCUCAGAUGAAGGGGGGUGUCAGCCGCACCGAGUGAAACGCACGCGCUCCCUGUCCAAGAUCGGGAACUCCAACGGCCCCCAGCACCUCCUCUGCAACGAGGUGGACACCUCAGACGAGGAGAGCCACGGCCUCGCUCCCCUCCAGCCUGGGGCUCGCCGCCACACCCGAGCUGUCCUUCCGGAGCAGAACGGUCCCCCGAUUAUGGAACUAAACAGGCGAAUGUCAGACAUUGAGAGUCUUCUGAACCACUUGGAGAAUAAAAUUACUGUGGCCCCACAGCAGAUCGAGCCCCCGACAGUCGUUCAGCUGGAAGAAGAGAACUUACGGAGGAAGCUUGGGGAGCUGAGGAACAUAAAUGAGAAGGGCUUCUCCUCGGAGGACGAGGAGGCCAAGAGGCCCCCAGUGCUGAGGGAGAUCCGGAGGAGGAGCAGCGUGGCCCCUGUAGGCCCCCUGCCCAUAGAGAGGCUGCUGAGCGCUACUGGGGAUGAAGUUCCCUCAGACGAACAGAAGAGAUCCAUGGCAGCAGCCCUAUGUGACAUCACAGCUGAGUUUCUAAGAACCAUAAAUGCAACUGAAAAGGCAUUGGCCCAGUUUUCUCCCACAAAGCCUAAAGUUUCAUACUUGUUAACGGGGACAGACACCACGCAAGCUGACGAGUCAUACAGAAAUCUUGAGGAAAAUGUCUACAUGACGGCAGGUAAAUACUAUGACCUGGAGAUGAAUCUGCAGGACCUGGAAGAGACUGCCAGGAGUCGUUACUGCGGUAACACUGACUCUGAGCUGUCGGAACUGGAGGACAAGGUGGCAAAGGCCGCUGUUAAGGUGCAGACUGCAGAGAGUGAGGUCUCUGACAUAGAAAACAAGAUUGCUGCAUUGAGUGCAGGGAUGUCUGUGGAUAAGUCUAAGAGAAAGGCAUCAAUCGCAACCCAGAGGAGGAGACUGUCCCUCAACAUUCCUCUAAGAACCAGCAAUGGUUCUGGAUUUCCCUAGACGUCAUGGAAUUAUGUGAUGGCCCUCAGCUGUGUGACUGCCCCCUGAUGUCCAUGGAGCUUCUCUAUUCAGUUUUGUGCUGGGAUCCUGUUGGAGCUGCAUUUCAACUGUUACAGAUCUGCUGGUGUCCAUCUGCUGGUGUCAACCCUUCAGCAAAUGUUGCCAUUUCCAGGGUGUUUACACUGAUUUUGAAAACAUUACGGCAUCUCAACAAAAUUUCAUUAAUAAUAAUGAAUAAUUUCUAUUAAUAAUGUAAAAUAAGGAUUAUGCUCUCUGUAUUGAUGCCACAAGUAUUUGUCACAAAAAGAAAAUGCUUUGAAAACAAAAUAGGAAAAAAUGCCUUGGUAUCCCAAAUAUAUUUUUAAAUAUUUUAUACUUCUUAAAAAUGUAUAAAAGUAUAAUUUUAAUACAUAUGUACUUAUUGUGUACUAACUGUACAAUAUUUGUGUCAAAUGUGGCUGUAGUGUACUAAAUAGUAUACUAAAUAGACUAAAGUUGUACUUUUGUACAACUUUUGUAAAAAUUCCAUGUACUUAGUUGUACUUAACAGUACUAAAUUUAGACACUUUUUACAAAUAUCAAUUAAGUAUACUAAUUGAAAGGGUGAUUUGUAGGUAUUAUUUUAUCUUCUAAAUUGCUUUGUUUUGAAUGUAACUGGAAUUUGGAGUGUGAAAACAAACUUUUGUGACUACCAGUGAUCACAGACGCACAGAUGUAAUUCAGCCUUAAGGACCAUGAAACGAAAAUUAAUGCAGCACUAGCUUCCAUGAUAUGACAAUAUGAGUCCAAACCAAACCCUAAGUAUGCAAGGACAUUGCUUUUGCAACUCUUAUUUAUUCAAUAAUCAUUGGAAAGCACUCACAUAUUUAGACACACUAACCUUUACAACUGGCCGACCAUUUGUGAGUGUUACACAGAGAUGAUUUGGGUACAUUUGUAUCCAUCCAGCCCACACAGAAAAAUUCCGAAAUCUAUAAAUAUACAUAAAUGUUACUGUCACAUUCCAAAACAAGCUAGUUCGCAAGCCGUGUACCCUACAAAGUAACACUGUGAUGUAGAUGUGUUGAUAUUCAAUAAUAUAUUCAAAGGCUGGCAAUUUCCCAGAAAAUAUUAAACUUGUAAAUUGCAGUCCAGUCCUCCCUCCUCUGGACUAACAUUUCUCGCUAUGCUAGUGGAGGCAUUGCUGUGUUCAACAGCAAAUUGUUUCAAAUUAUUUGUGACUGACAAAUUAUUUAUUUUGUAUAUUUUACUCUCAUGGAAAUGAUAGCCUACCUGUAUCUGAACCUGACCCAAACUCAGCGCAUAGAUGCUAAGAUAGGCUUGACCCAAACCAAAGGCAUACAUUCUAUCGUAGGCCGACCUGCGCAAUCCCAAACCAGACACAGCAUUGGGGCAAUUGCCUUUCUAUGACUUUAUGGGUUGUUCUGGAAGCUCUGGUCUUCAUGGUUAAUCUGCUUGAAGUCCACGAAAAGAUGUGAAAACUGGGAGGGCCUGAAUAUUUUUGCAAGCCACAAUAUUAAUAUAUUUUCAAGUUUCAUUUAUAUUUUUGCAUGCUUGUAUUGAAAAUGUAUUCCUCAAGGUGUAAUAGUAUUUAUGCAGAACAAAUCAGUAGCUAUCUGAUAUUAAUGAUGGACAAUAGCUUUGUGUCCAUUGAAAGCAGUUCUAAAGCAUUGUUUAGAUUUAGUUCAUUUUACUAUAUUCUUAUCUGUAGAGACUGCUACAAGUGCUAUAUUUCAUUUA